AUGCACCUGCGCAGCCUCUGGCCCCCACCUGGGCCGGCUCUGGGGCCGCACCAGGAGCGGAAGGCCAGACGUGGGGUGAAGCACCCCAAAGAUGUUGGGGCCAGGGUCCCAAGAGCUGCCAGGCCGCCCCGAGUGCCCGCCAAGUCCUCCUCUGCAAGGGGGAGGCUCUGGAACUGUGGAGGCGGGGGCGUCGCAGGGCUGCAGCUCGGGCUCCCAGGCCCUGAGCAGACACGGGAGGUGGCUCCCCAUCACCAGCCCAAGGCGGCUGCAGGCCCCGGCCCCAGCCCCGGCCCGGCCCAGGUGAGCGCUCCGGGAACAGUGCCUCUGGCGGAUCUGGGCGCAUCCCGGUGGGCGGGGAACCUGAGGCCCAGGCAGACGGCCGGCCCCCCCAACACGGACCCCCCCCAGGCCCCGGGACACCUCCUCGCCCGUGGGCUCCGGGGUCAGCUGUCCUCCCGGCACAGCCAGACCCUGGAAGCAUGGCGCCCGCAGAUGCGAGGGCAGGCCGGGCAGGGUGGCUGGCAGGUGUCCUCGGGAGCCUGGGCUCCGGCCGGGCGCUGCUCCACAGCUGACAACGGCGCUUCACCCAGAGCCUCUCACCCCAUGGAGCCACAGCGCCCGCUGCGCAGCUGCCUCCUUGCCCCAAGCCCCCUGGGGUGCAGGCCGCCCUUCCGCCUGCCAGUCUGGGUUCUGGACACGGGCCACCCCAGCGGCUCCUGGGCCCCAGGACGGGCCGAGGCUGGUCAUCAGGAUGCGGGCCCGGCCUGCAGAGCUAAGGCACUUUUGUCCACCCCGCCAGAGGCAGGCCAUGUCCAAGCGCUGCAGGGGCUGAAGCCGCAGUGUCUGGGCCUCGGCUCACUCAGCUUUUCCUCCGUUUCUGGCGACGCUGGUCCUGUUUCCCCGCCUCACGUCCGGACGCUGUUUCAUCGCUAUGCUUACUAA